AUAAUGAAAUGGGAGAAGUUAAAGCCUCCAGAGCCAGAUGACCCUAUGUGUUGCUGUGAGUGUGAUAGCGACCCGUACGGAUGUUGCUGUGACUGUGAAGAUCUGGAUGAAGCCUUUAACAGGUGGCUCAAAGACCGACCACCUAAAGGUGCAUGUCAGUCUCCUGUUCUCGGGGCCAUGAUAGACAAACUGGAGAUCUCCAUGAUCCCGGCCCUGGUGCUGCUCCCUCUCCUGCUGCGGGUUGCAGCGCUGCACUGCCUGCUGGGUGUCAUCAUCCUGACCGCUCUGCCCGUCCUGGUGCUGUGGUACUACUACGCCACGCACAGAAAGAAGAAACGCACCCUCUUCUUCCUCUCUCUGUCUCUCUUCUCCUUGUUCUACAUGUAUUACCUCUUCAUCACAGAGAUUUUACCUCGGGGGGACGUCGGCCAGCUGCAGCUGUGCACUGUGACCUCUGGGAUGAUUGUCACAGUCAUCUCUCUUAUUCACACCAAGAGAGGCCCGGGACUGGUGACCACAUCCCUUCAUGAAGUACACAGUCUCAGUCAAGAGGCAAACAAGGACACCACACACCUUAAUGGAUCCAUCCAAUCAGCAGCCUCCUCAGAGCUGCAGAAAACAACAGAGGCCCUGGCAGAGAAAUGGAGCCGCUGUCCUGUGUGUAAAAUAAUGCGACCCCCACGGGCCGGACACUGUCGCACCUGUGGAUCCUGUGUCCAGCGCCUGGACCACCACUGUAUCUGGAUAAACAGCUGUGUCGGACAGGCGAAUCAUCGCAGUUUCCUGCUGACUCUCUGUGUGUUCGUGCUGACCUCUCUGUACGGGAUCAGUUUGGUGCUAAAGAGCCUCUGUCCUCGACAAUAUCUAAUGACAGCUCUCCUCUACUGCCCCGGCGUCUACACUCAGUCCAGCACUGCACUUUGCUUCACCUGUGCUUGGUACAGCAGCAUCGUCACAUGCGGACUUCUUUACCUGUUGGUGGCUCAGGUUCUGAAUAUCAGCUUUAAUGUGACAGAGCGGGAGUCUCAGCUGGCUCUGAGGAACAAAACGGGCCAGAGCCGCCUGUGGGGACUGGUCGUGGUCACGGGAGAGUAUUCACGUGGCUUCUGUCAGAACUGGGUUGAGUUCCUCACUAUGACAGAUGCCUCAGCGGCUCCUCGCUCCAGCCUCACUGACUUGGUCUAGUUUCACUUUAUCCCCUGCAGAAACAUCAUGAAAACAGACAGUUAUUACAGCAUGUGUGAAGAACUACACCUCUUGCAUUUCUUAGCAUAUAGCGGCUGAUGUCUUCCAAUGCAUAUUGUAUUCCAGCCUCCUCAUAUGAGAGCCAGACCGAUAUUUUCAGCCAAUAUUUGCGUAUCAAAGCCAUACCGGUAUCUAUCGGUAUCGGUAUCGCUAUCUAUUGGCAUAUAAAUUGUCCAAUAUGUGGUGAUAUGAAAACUUUUUUUCAUAUAUAUAAAAAGCAUAAAACAAUUCUUGGGUUGACUAAGAAAUGGUGUUGGCUGUUCAUUUUAUUUUUUCAUUUAUUCUUUUUUUUUAAAUUGUCAGAAACUGACUGACAUACAGACUGAACUUUCAACACUGGUAUUUAUUUAGCAUUUUAUUUAUUUACACACAUUGCUGAUGUUUAUUUAGCUUUUUAAAAACCUAUUCUUUAUUUAAAUUGUGAGCAAUUGACUGAAACUGAAUAUACAGUACUAAAGUCUAUUCAGCUUUUUUUCUCAGUUAUGUUAUGCAAUACACUGUGUGUAUAAUAUUGUUGUUAAACAAUUGUAAUAUUGCAAAAUCAGUGCACAAUCCCACAAAGAAAAUGUUUAUUUUGUACUGCAGCUCUGUAACCUCAUUAUAUCUGCCGCCAUACCGGUUAUUAAUGAUUUUUCCCCCUCUAAAAUCAUUAUCGGCCUCAAAAAUCCUAUAUCGGCCAGGCUCUACAUCAUAUGCUCAUACAAUACAUUAAAACUAUUUUAACUGUAAAAUAAGUCACAAAAGCAUAUCAAGAUGCAGUUAUUGAUUGCUUAGAAAAAAUACAGAAUCAUUGUUUUGGGGUUGGAAAUGGUUGCACAAUGUAUGCAAUGAAAUAACUGCAGGCACUGCCAUGUUACUGUACUUUUUUUUCUACCUGCAGAAUGUGAACUUUGUUUAUUCCGUCAGAAUUGUUGACUGCAUGUCAAUUCUAA